AUGUCCGAGCUUCUUAGUAAAGGAAAAGGAUUGUUGGGUUUGUCAAAGAAGAAAGAGCGGAAAGCUCGGCAGUAUGAAUAUGGUAGUGACCCCGUUUCAGGACUUCGUAAUAAUAAGGGAACAUACUCUGGUCAGUCGAAAAGAAGAAGAAAAGAUACGAAUUCUAUCCUUGAAACCUCAGCUCAUCAUGAACGUGAUGACCUUGCAGAGAAUGCGAGCGCAAGUUAUGGACAUGAAAAUGAGGAUCAAACUACGUGCGCGUCCGGUACAGUAGGAGGAGAAAUGAAAGAAUUCCUGUUGGAGACACAGGAGCUUUUACAGAGGUUGCAAGAAAGCAACCCACCAAAGAGACAAAAUUGGGCAGAAAGGCAGACACUCUUGACUGAAAGCUGGGAAGAGCAACGGUCAACAAUAUUUAAAGAAUUACUGGAAGCCACUUAUGCUGUUCCUGAAAAUAUCAUGUGCAGCAGAUGCUUAGAUAAAGCUGCAGUUGUGAGAUGUGACAUGUGUUCCACCAUACGACACUUGUGCCCUGAAUGUGACCAGCAAGUUCAUGAAAGCUGGCCAUUUCAUGACAGGGAUGCCAUAGUUAAUGGACACUAUUUCCCAAUCCCUGCAACAACAACAUGGAACAGUAAUGGACAGUGGGAAAUAGUUGGUAAUCUUUCAGUUGUUUACAGUGUGCAUUUAUAUAUAUAUAUAGGAAGACUGUGUUUUGAUUUUUCCAUUGUAAAGUGCUUGGUAUGUAGAAGUAGAGUGUCGAGAAGUCUACCUCUUAGAGACCUUUGCUGUACUACAUGUGGCGGAAACUGUGAACCAGACUGUAUUCUACCUAAUACUCACUGCAUUGUUGUCUCCCUUCGAGGUCGGUUUGAUGUAAACCAUAGAAGAUAUAAGUGCCUCCAGUGUGGGAAAAUGCUUUGCACCUCAGAACCAGUUGUCAUCAUCCAGUCUGGCUUUUGGCCAGGGAGUAUCAAAGAUAUGACGUAUGUCUUUGAUAAGGAGCUUUUCUUAUUCUGGGACAUUCUUCAGAAGCAGCUCCCAGGAGUGUCUGAAGGUGCAUUUCUCAAGUCACUUGAACUCUUUUCAAAGCGGAAAGGACGUGUUGCAACCGUUAACGCCACAGCUUUCAGAGUGUCAUUUAAGGAGUGGAAAUAUUGUCAAUUUGAACUCGAUAAAUUACGGUGCAUUGACUGGAUGGAGUGCCCAUCAUGUAGCCAACAUCAGCACUCUGUUCAUGUUGAUGGGAACAUGAAACUUUACCGUUUUAAAUCUGCAGGGAUAAGGAAAAGAGAGUGUUACUAUGGAGAAACCUUUGUGGUCUCAAAUGAGAAAGUUGAUAGUCACAUUCAUAAGGUCUAUCAAGGUUCAAAGCAAAGGAAAUCAGAUGAGCAGGGAAAGUGUGGAGACUCAAACUGGCGAGCAGCAGGAAAUACAGUUAAAAAAAGAAAGAAUCUGGAUGAGUGUGGUCUGGAGAUUUCUGGAUGUAGGCAUGGCUUGGCGCAACAUGCCAUCAACAUGAUGUAUGGGGAAGUUUAUGGAUAUGCCCAUUAUCUCCAGGUGAACUACUACAUUCCCAAGAAUGUGGAGUUCUUCUGGUAUGAUGUCAUCUGCAAGUACUGGCCAUGGUUAAAAAAGAAUGAUCCAGCAACUUCCAAGAAAAUGAGUCCAGCAUUGUCAGUUAUGCAUGCAAAAGCUCAUGAUUGGUCUUGUCAGGUCUUGUGGGGUGGUCGUUGGCAGAGUGGGGCAGCUGCAACUACUGGGGAGGAGGUUGAGCACAUCAAUAGCCAUUUCUCAAGAUUAGGCUCUUCCACAAAGCAUAUGCUUCCUGAAGGUAGGGAGGAACUGCUCACUGAACAUUCUUUUCAUUGGAACAGACGGAAAAUUGAGAGACUUCCUGGCUCACUUGCAAAACGAUACGCAACGGCAGAGAAUCAGCUCAAGCAGGUGAACAAAGAGAUAGAAGAGCUGUUGAAAAAUCCUCAAAUGAAUCAAACAGAUGUGUGCCUAGAAAGUUGGAAAUCCGAUGUUUGUCAGGCCGCAAAAGAGGACGAAGCUUCCUACCUUAAAAAGCCUCAACUAUCUGACGAGGAGGAGCUAUAUCUAUGUCAUUUGCUGACAUUGCAAAACUGCACCCCCAGACAAAAGUUGCUUCUUGAAACUGCCGAUCACCUCUUUGGGAAGAAGUUCCGAGAGCUUGAAGCUAAACCUUGUGACAAUGUCAGUGCUGGUGAGGUCGUGUUAAUUGAAAAGGGGGUUGCGUAUUUCCAGAAGCAAAUGGAGCAUUUCCACCUCUCAAUUACUCAGUUGGCAUUUAAUAUGGGAAAGCUGGCAGAUGGAUCAAAGCAACGUCAAAGGCUACGUACAAAAAUAUCGGCAGAGAAGAUAAAGCUGGAGCAAGUAAUUGCUAAGUACAAUCGACUUUCAGCCACUGACUCUGUCCAACUGCACGAGAUAGAGAAUGGCAAAUUUCCUUGGAAAGCCGACACAGGUACACCGUUUUUCACAGGUGUACCUAUCCGUACCAAACGGUUGGUUGUAGACAAACAGAUGGAAGCAUCCAGGUUUCACGAGGAAAUAGAACUUCUCCAAAAGGAAAUGAUACGAUUCAUGAAGUUUUACAAGAACAGUCUUUUACCAUACUUGUUCAAAGAACAGGAGCAACUGCAGGAAUUGUUAAAAGUAGGUAUGAAAGAUGGCAAUGAAGGAGUGGGUAUUGAACUGGAAAGAUCUUCGGAGGAGAUUUCGAGUCGUCGGUACGCCACCGCAUCAACCAAGAAGCGGGUGAUAAUGGCAAAACUUGCCCUAAUCAAGGAGGGUAUGAAUUUCGCUACGAAACAAAUCGCCGCUGGGAUAAGUGCGUUUGCUCCUGUGUUAACUGAAGAGCUACAUGUCUUUCGUACCUUUCUCCUUACGCACGAAGUAGAAGAGGAGGAAGACGCUGACGACGAAGAAAGCUUGAACGGUGAUGGAGAUGGAGAUGAAAAUGACAACAUCAUUGAGUUUCUCGGUGGUAAUGCCAGUGACUUGGCAGUUGGAAGCGCAACUGGAAAUGCUAUCCUUCAGGCACUUAGUACUUUGAGUGUACCGGUGUUGGAUCCUGUAUUCCCAGAGGUUCUAGCUCCGGGUGUGUCUUGCUGGAAAUUCCCAAAAGAAAUAAGUCAAGGUUUCUACAAAGGCAGAAACGGAAGUAAUGCCUGUAGCCUAAUUAGUAUCCUUUUAGGAUAUGCUCUAAGUUUCCAAAAAGUUCCGCCCCCGGAGUGCCAAUCACGUAUUGCAAGUGCCAUCGUAGAGGUAUUGUGUGGUUGUAUCGAAAUUGGCAACCGAGUUUACAAUUUCUGUCGGGAGAGUUUACCUUCAAGAUACCUCUCAAUCCAAGAGGCUGCUAGUGUGCUAGAGAUGUGGUGCACGAUGGAUGUUGGUGACAAUUUACCUGUGCGUUUAAAAGACCACCACGUGAUGUCUACUGUCUCUGGUCAGUUAAAGGAGGCCAUUUCGUCGUGCAAUGCGUUCACAGCGUUUCUUAUUCUUAAUGACAAAACUUCUUUGUUUUAUUUCACCGAUAGUAUCGUAAUGUAUAUUGACACUCACUGCCAUGGCCCAAGUGGUGCCGUGGUACUCACAGCCGAGGAAAAGGAACUUGACUCGUUCUGUACCAAUGUAUGGGAACUAGAAAGCAACGACGAGACUACUUACGGAAACUUGGUAUUUGUUGAUUUUUGAGACUGUAUUUGAGAAAGGAUAGAGGAACUCCAGCAGUACAAAGUGCCGCGGAAGGAAGCAGAGGACCAUGUAGAUAAGGAUAGCACUGGGGAACUUAAGCGUAUCAGUUUUUUUCCAUGUGUGGCCAGUGGCAACAUCACUGAACUCAAAUUGAAAUCUCUUUUGUUACCAAACGACAUUCUAAGGUACUUAAAGCAUAAUUUUAAACAUGGAUUUUUACCAUAUCCUUCUAACAGUUUUUUCUAUAAGUCAUACUCAAAAUAAAAACAAUGUACCUUGGUGAAUUAAAUUUAUCUUGCUAUGUAUCCUCUGCGAAAAUUUAAAGACUAAAGCAAGCGUAACUGGGCUUGUGUUCGUCAGUUGUCUGCGAGAAGAAUCUAGCUUUCUAUCUUUAGCAAAUAUUAAAUUGGUCUGUUACUUA